UGGUGAAGCUCAAUCAAGAACAUCAAAAUUUAGAAAAGAAUUAUCAUCAUCUAUACAUUUCACACCCUCUACUUCUAAAAAAUAUAAAAUUCAUGGUGCUAGUUGUGACUGGUUAUUUAGUGCAAUGUCACAAGCAGUUAGCAAUCUUAAUAGUAAUAACAAUCAACCAAAAUUAUGUUUAAUAAGAUGGGGAAUGAGAAAGAGAUUAGACAAUAUAAAUCAAAUAACUCAAGAUACUGGAUUGAACCAACUAAAUUUAAAUAAUUCUGGUAAGAAUAUUUAA